CCAAGAGAGAAGUGAACAUGGAUUGUCCUACUGGAGAGCACACUGGAGAGCUUCUCAAAGCUCAAGCUCACGUAUGGAACUCCGUAUUCAACCUCACGGGCAUGUUCUUGAAAUGUGCCGUUCAGCUAAACAUACCAGACGCUAUCCACAAACACGGCCAACCCAUGACUGUGUCCGAGCUUGUUGCCGCACUUCAAAUUCAACCAACAAAGUCCGGUUGCGUCCACCGUCUGAUGCGUGUUCUUGUUCACUCUGGCUUCUUUGAAGAGAGAAGGCUUGAGCCGAGUGAUCAAAUUGGUUACGCGCUGAACCACGCAUCCGAGCUCCUAGUUAAGGACAGUCCCUUCAAUUCAGCGGCUAUGGUACUGGCCAUGCUUGACCCUAGCGUCAUGAAGGCGUACGAUUGCCUGAGCGCUUGGUUCUUGAACAACGACCGUACCACAUUUGAGACGGCAUAUGGAAUGAAGGUCUGGGAAUACACUGCUCAAGACCCCAAGUUCAACCAGUUGUUCAACGAUGCCAUGGCUAGCGAUAGUCGAUUACUGGCGACCGUGGUGAUUAAUGAGUGCGCCGGGGUGUUUGAGGAUAUAAAUUCGCUGGUUGAUGGGGGAGGGACGGGGCUGAUGGCCAAGGCCAUCGCUGAUGCGUUCACGUUGGAAUGCACCGUCUUCGAUCUUCCACAUGUGGUGGCCGACUUACCAGGAAGUAACAACAUGAAGUAUGUUGGAGGAGACAUGUUCAAGGGAAUUCCACCUGCUGACGCAAUCAUUUUGAAGAUGGUCUUGCAUGAUUGGAACGAUGAAGACUGCAUUAAGAUAUUGAAGCAAUGCAAAUCAGCAAUAUCGUCGACCAAGGACAAAGUAGGUAAGGUGAUCAUCGUGGAAACAGUUAUGAAAAACCAUGACAAUGCCAAGGAUGAGAAGUUUAUGGAAUUGGAGCUUGCAGUCGACAUAGCGAUGAUGAUGGCCCAUGCAUCGAGAGAGAGGACCGAAAAGGAAUGGGCAGAGCUCUUUUUCGAUGCCGGCUUUGGAGGUUAUAAGAUGUAUCCUGUAUUAGGUUUUCGGUCCCUCAUUGAGGUUUAUCCUUGAUGAUUG